CACAGAGGGCCGCGGCACUCUCUUGCACAGCUCCGCCGGCGUGGUGAGGUGAGGGGCGGCGGCGGGAAGCUCCCGGCGGGCGGUUGGGCGGUGGGGCCAUGGCGCUGCAGGCCCGGGCGCUGUACGAUUUCAGAUCGGAAAACCCGGGGGAAAUCUCGCUGCGGGAGCACGAGGUGCUGAGCCUCUGCAGUGAGCAGGACAUCGAGGGUUGGCUGGAGGGUAUCAACAGCCACGGCGACCGCGGUCUCUUCCCGGCCUCCUACGUGCGGGUGAUCCGCUCCGCCGAGACGCCGCCACCCGCCCGCUACGCCAACCUGCCUGCCGUCGGUUUAGAGACGCUGCUGCCCCCCGCCGCCUUCAAGCCGGCGACACUAGAGUCCCCGCCGGCGGCGGCGCCUGAGCCCUUCUCGCUGUCCCCCGCCACCGCCGGGUACCCUUUCCUGCCGUCGCCCUAUGGCGGCUCCUACCAGCUCAGCCAGGGCAGCGAUGACGACUGGGACGAUGACUGGGACGAAAGCUCCACGGUGGCCGAUAAGCCAGGCUCCCUGAGCAGCUCCUACCCCGUCUACGAGACGGCGGGCAGAGGGGCCUCUGGCCACUACCACCUGUCCAUGCAGUCUGAGAUAUCCCUUAGCUCCCGCAGUGGCCACCUGGCAGGCCACCUGCACCCGCCCAGCAGCAGCACCAAGAGUUUGACCACGGUAAGCCGCAACCUCAACCGCUUCUCAACCUUCGUCAAGUCCGGUGGGGAGGCCUUCGUGCUGGGUGAGGUAUCAGGCUUUGUGAAGGACGGGGACAAGCUGUGUGUGGUGCUGGGUCCCCGGGGCCCUGAGUGGCAGGAGAACCCCUAUCCCUUCCAGUGCUCCAUCGAGGACCCCACCAAACAGACUAAAUUCAAGGGCAUGAAGAGUUACAUUGCCUACAAGCUAGUGUCCAGCCACACUGGGCAGCAGGUGCACCGCCGCUACAAGCACUUUGACUGGCUCUAUGGGCGCCUGGCUGAGAAGUUCCCUGUCAUCUCUGUGCCCCACUUGCCAGAGAAGCAGGCCACUGGCCGCUUUGAGGAGGACUUUAUCUCCAAACGUCGCAAAGGCCUGUCCUGGUGGAUGGACCACAUGUGCAGCCACCCCGUGCUGGCUCAGUGCGAUGCCUUCCAGCACUUCCUCACCUGUCCCAGCACAGAUGAAAAGACCUGGAAACAAGGCAAGCGCAAGGCUGAGAAGGAUGAGAUGGUGGGUGCCAACUUUUUCCUGACCAUCAGUGUCCCUGCUGGCUCUGGGGCUGGCCUGGACUUGCAUGAAGUAGAAAGUCAGGUGGAUGGCUUCAAAGCCUUCAUGAAGAAGAUGGAUGAAAGUGCCCUGCAGCUUAAUCACACAGCCAAUGAAUUUGCUCGCAAACAAGUCACUGGUUUCAAGAAGGAAUACCAGAAGGUGGGACACUCCUUUAAGUGUCUCAGUCAGGCAUUUGAGCUGGACCAGCAGGCCUUUUCAGCUAGUCUCAACCAAGCCAUAGCUUUCACUGCAGAAGCCUAUGAUGCCAUCGGGGACCUCUUUGCAGAUCAGCCCCGGCAGGACCUCGAUGCUCUGAUGGAUUUGUUAGCACUGUAUCAGGGGCAUUUGGCCAACUUUCCAGAUAUCAUCCACGUCCAGAAAGGAGCCCUUACCAAAGUAAAGGAGAGCAAGAGACAUGUGGAAGAGGGGAAGAUGGAACUCCUAAAAGCUGAGGGCAUUCAAGAACGUUGUAACGUUAUUUCUUUUGCAACCCUAGCAGAAAUUAAUCAUUUCCACAAAAUUUGUGUGAGGGACUUUAAAUUACAAAUGAAGCAUUUCUUGCAGCAGCAAAUACUCUUUUUUCAAAAAGUGACACACAAGCUAGAGGAAGCUCUUCACAAGUAUGACAGUAUUUAAUCUCUGAACUUUGAUUUGUGGACUUUCCUCAGUAUGAAUGUGACUCAACAAGCAAAGCAAACAUUGCUGCUGCUGAAAAACUGUUGCCAGUGAUAGAUUGUGUUACAAGGGUGGUUUUGUGUUCACCUGUAAUCUUAAUUUAAUCUCUGAUUAUGUAGAAAGGGAACAGUUAUAGGGCUAUGUAGUAGAAACAGUACCACACAUUGUAACCAAGUUAUACUGUGUAUGCCUAUACUACCGUAGUAACUUUUUAAAAAUAAUGAGUAUACUAUUUGCCUUAUUGCUUUUUGAAAUAUGGUAUCUUAGUGCAUACUUUGUAGACCUCAAAACCGUUUGAAUCUUUAAGGAAGUUGACUAGCUAAAAGCUGGCUUCAAAUGCCUUUUUACUUUCCUAGAUUUGGAUUUCUUAUUUUAAAGUGAUUCUUUGUUUACAGAUUCCUAGUAGAGCAGCCACAUGAUUCUGUGCCUUUAGACUCUAUUUCUCCUUUUCUAAUAAGCCACAUUUUUAUGAUUGAAUGAAUGAAGGAUUGAUGCCCAUAACAGGAACUGAUUAUGAAACUGAUUAUUGACUGGAAAAAAAUCAGCUCCCAUCCAGUUUGAACAGCAAGGAAUGUCUUAUGACAAAUGUUAUCUCAAAAAGGAGAACUUAAAUGUAUUCACACUUCCCCUGAAAAUGGCAACUACUUGUUACAUGGACUACUAUUGUCCUAAGACAGAUUCUAUCACCUGGUGUGCAAGAAGCCAAUCCACACACAGCUGAGGUAUUUGAUUUACUCACAGUUCUGUACAGAAAGGGGCACUGGAUGGCAAAUCCACAAAGCCAGCAGCAUGAGUAUCAAAAAUUUUCACUUUUAUUCAUUUUAGCAUACAAAGGCACCAGUGUUCAUU